AUGAUGAAGUUUUCCCUCAUCCUCUCCUUGCUCUUCAUCUUCCUGCCGGGCAUUCUCGCCCAGGGUAAGGCUCUGGACGAGUUUAUUCAUCUGGCGGGUCAGAUACUGGAAUCCUACGAGGAAGUGCAGUCGGCGUUGGAACUCGCCCAUCACGUUACGGCCGUCUUCCAAGCAGACAGCUGCGAUUCCGAAUUCCCUCUCGAAUUCAGUCUCAGGGUUUCCGUUCCAAUGGACCCUUGGUCGAGGAUCCAGCUCGAAGACGGGAGCGAGGACUUCAUCACUUUCAAUCACAACUUCAUCAACACCGAUGGGAACUUCCUGCUGGUGACGGGAUACCUAGAUGCGACCGGGCAGACGUCAUUUGUCAUCUAUGAAAUCUCCGGCCUCGACGGCAACAUUACGAACUCGAUCGUCUCUGAAUGCGUCAUCAACGUUGGCGUCUUCUUCAUCCAAAAGAGAUUCAACUUCCCCAAUAUGCACAUAACGACCUACGAUGACCUAAGAUCCCUGCUCUUAGCCGGAACUCAUGUUACUUUCUUGGGCAUGGCUGAAUUGUGCCGAGGAAAUUCAACGACGGGAUUUUCCAAGGUUCAGGGAGGAACCUACCAUCUUCAGUUCUACAUUGAAACGAAUCCAAAUGACGGAUCGGAGGACAUCAUCUUGGGAUACGAUUAUAUGGGAUUGAGCCAAAACGGAACAACACCGACCUUCAACGUCGUUCAAAUGAGGGUCUACCCGGAUGGAUCCGUGAGCGUCACCGGGAACUCCUUCCUCACGACGACCUGGGAAGACGAAUAUCCCUUCCCCGAGGGGAUUCAAUGCACACUCGACGAUGGUGUCCGCUUCCAAUAUCGACCAGGUACGAGAUCUGCGGUUUUGCAGGAAUAUUACAUGACCGACGACAAUUUAUUGAGGAACUAUGUGACUCUCCUGGACCCAGCCACAGAUGAAAUCACGGGGAAUUUGACUUACAUCUGCCCCGUGGGGACGGGCGCGAUUGUCUCCGCUCCUCUCAGGGAAAGUCGUUCACUGGUCAGUUACGUCGAGGUGUUUGCAGCAGUCCUUAACGGAGUUCACUUGGAAGCCCGAAUCAACUACGACCAGUGCGACGAUCCCACCGGCAGUGGAUUGAAUUUCACGGGGGUCACCGGUGGCGCUUACCUCAGGCAAAUGUUCAUAAGCAACUCCGAUAGUCCCGAAGCGAUCAUCUCCAGUGCUGCCUACUCCUUGGUGACAAAUUAUAUAUCAGGAGAAGGAUUCGCUUACAGUUCUUUCGUUUGGACCUUGGAUCACAGCAAUGUCGCCAUCGUUGUUCCUGCUCUCUGGUCGAUCGAAGGCGACCAACUGACGAACCUCUUAGGGGAUGAUUUCUUCCUGGAAUGCACUCUUGGCGAGGGCAUGUUGCAAGUGACAUCCAUUGUGAUUGAGGUAUCGCUGGAAACAGGAUGCCUGCGACAGACAGAUUUGAACGGACAUUACUUACGGCAGCGACUUUCUAUUGCGAGACAUUUGUUCCGCUUCCAUAAGCGUCACUGUGAUGAAUCCAUGGUCAUGGAGCCCCACAAGUUUGGCUUUAACUCUCACUCAUCCCCCAACUCUGGAGGUCAGCUGCUGGAGUCGUACGACGAGGUGGCCUCCGCGCUGGAGCUCGCCCAUCACGUCACGGCCAUCUUCGACGUCACAAGCUGCACGAACGACUUCCCUGCCGCUUCGAGGCCGACGAUUUCGAUUCCCCUGGACCCUUGGUCGAGGAUCCGGCUCCAGGAUGGAAGCAGCGAUUUCAUCACUUUCACUCACAACUACAUCAACCCCAACGGUCACCUGAUCCUCCUAUUGGGCUACAUGGACGCCACCGACACCGCGUCCUUCGACAUGUACGAGGCGUCGAGCGUGGACGGGACCAUCCUGGGCGUCGUCUCCGCCGACUGCAGGAUCAACACCGGGGUCUUCUUCGUCCAGAGCAGAUUCAACUUCCCCAACACGCACAUAACGACCUACGAUGACCUCAAAUCGCUGCUCUUGUCCGGUAUACACCUCACCUUUCUGGGCCUGGCGGAAUUGUGCGAAGGAAACCCGACCCCAGGAGUCUCCAAGGCUCAGGGAGGAAGCUACCAUCUUCAGUUCUACAUCCAAAACAACCCGAGCAUCGAAGACAUCUACCUGGAGUACGACUACAUGGGACUGAGCCAGGACGGGACCACGCCGACCUUCAACGUCGCUCAAAUGAGGGUCUUCCCGGAUGGAUCCGUGAACGUCACCGGGAGUUCCUUGCUCACGACGACCUGGGAGGACGAGUAUCCUUAUCCCGAGGGGUUCCGGUGCACGCUCGACGAAGGUGCUCGCUUCCAGUAUCGGCAGCAGGAGCAAUUUGCGACGUACACGACAUUCGCGGAGGCGGAGACGGCAUUGUUGUCUGGGAAGGAACUUCAAGUGUUUCUCGAUCACGCCCGGUGUAACUCGCCUCCGAAUUUCGUUAAUUUGGUGGGAGUGAGGCUGUUCGAAUGGCAGCAGUACGACGUGGACAGCGCCGUGGGUCACGAAAUCGCCUACACUCAACUCUUUCACGGCGGCUCGGGAGAGGGCGUGCUCAUGGAAAGCUACAUGACCGAUGAGAACCUGCUUCGGAACCACAUGACUCUCAUCGAACUCGCCACGAACGAAGCCCUGGCGAACCUGAGUUACACCUGCCAGCUGGGCACCGGCGCCACCGUUUCCGCCCCCCUCAGGGAAAGUCUUUCCCUCAAUACCUACCUCGAGGUGUACGGAGCAGCCCUGGAAGGAAUCCACUUGGAAGUUCGAAUCAACUACGACCAGUGCAACGAUCCCACCGGGAGCGGAUUGGAUUUCGCGGGGGUCACCGGCGGAGCUUACCUCAGGCAGAUCUUCGUUUACAACUCCGAUAGUCCUGACUCGACCAUCUUCAGUGCUGCCCACGCCUGGGUGUCCAAUUAUGUAGCCGGGGAAGGAUUCGCCGACUUGUCGGUCGUCUGGAGCUUGGGUCGCGACGGUGUCGCCAUCGUGGUUCCUGCCCUCUGUCUUUCCCUCAAUACCUACCUCGAGGUGUACGGAGCAGCCCUGGAAGGAAUCCACUUGGAAGUUCGAAUCAACUACGACCAGUGCAACGAUCCCACCGGGAGCGGAUUGGAUUUCGCGGGGGUCACCGGCGGAGCUUACCUCAGGCAGAUCUUCGUUUACAACUCCGAUAGUCCUGACUCGACCAUCUUCAGUGCUGCCCACGCCUGGGUGUCCAAUUAUGUAGCCGGGGAAGGAUUCGCCGACUUGUCGGUCGUCUGGAGCUUGGGUCGCGACGGUGUCGCCAUCGUGGUUCCUGCCCUCUGGUCGGCCGAAGGCGGUCAAAUGACGAACCUCUUCGGGGAUGAUUUCUUCCUGGAAUGCACUCUCGGCCAGGGUCUCAUCGUCUACUCCACCAGACUGGACUGA